UGCCUAAGCAGGGGGUUGGACUAGAAGACCUUCAAGAUCCCUUCCAAUUCUGUUAUUGUAUUCUAAAGCAAUCAAUUCAAUGUACCAUGAUUCCCAGUUACUAACCAUGCCUUCCCCAAUAAUUUUUUUAAAAGAAGGAUCCUAUCUUAGUUGGGAGAGGAGCAUUACAGAUAGUCCUCGUGUUACGAUCACAGAUGGGAAAAAUUGUGCUAAGCAAGAUGGUUGUUAAGUGAGUCACACCUGCUUUUACAACCUUUUUUUCCCAUAGUUGUUAAGCAAAUCACUUAAGUUCUUUAGAGAAUCACAUGGUCAGUUAGCCAAUCUGGCUUCCCCCAGACGUUGCUUGUAAGAAGCUGAAUGGGAAACUCACAAAUGGCAAUCACAUGACUCCUAGAUAAAAUCUUGCCAGACUGAGGGCUCUACUAUCUGUAUCUAAAAUAUACUCUGUGAACAAUUAAGGAGAGGCUAUCUUCACUGUCUUUACAAAAUUUUAAAAAAUGGUAAAAGAGUCCCUGUGGAUUUUUGUUAUGCUGUCGUUGCCGACUAUAGGGGGCAGUGCUCAUCUCCGUUUCAAGGCCAUUGAGCCAGUGCUGUCCGAAGACAUUUCAUGUGGCCAGCAUGACAUUGCAGAGUGAUGUUAGCUUCCCACUGAAAGUCACCUAGAAGUGGUACCUAUUUAUCUACUUGCAUUUGCAUGCCUUUAAACUGCUAGUGCUGUGGCUUGUUCGCCGCCAGCCCCUCCAGCAGCCGAAUCAGAGGAGAAGGUGGCAUGGGAGUCAGGGUCAGAUCAAGGCAACCUGAGAGCUUGGAGGGGGAAGAAGGAAUGGAGCUGGCAGAGAGAGAGAGAGACAGAGGCCAUCCGGAGAUGGGGCGAGGACAGGAACUCAAACCAUCAUGUGGCACUUGGGUAUUGAGCCUGGGCUGUCGGCUUUCCAGCUGACAAAACCAGCAUCUUAACACAAAAUAUCUGAACUAAAUUGCCUCUUUACUUUUCUGGAAUGUACCCUCUCCCACCUGGGAAUCCAUCUCCUUGCUACAUUCCAUCACAUUGGGUGUGCAAUGGAGGGAGCCCAUUUCAAGGCUAUGCUGAGUAUGCUUUUUCUGAUUGUCCAGCUAACUUGGUUUUUUUUAUUUCUUGUUUUAUUUUAAUAUUUGCAUGUGUUUUCAACUGUUUUUAAUGUCGUGAGCCGUCCAGAAUCAUGUGCUUGAGAAGGGCAGCUAUAUAUGUUUCUGCCGAAUUCACAUGUUCUAACAGCCUUUUCUUCCCUGUAAUGCUUUCUUAGGGACAAUGAGAUCAGAAGUGGUAUUCAGCAGGUUCUGACCAGUUCUGGAGAACCAGUAGUGGAAAGUUUGAGUAUUUCGGAGAACUGGUAAAUGCCACCUCUGACUGGCCCCAUCCCCAUCUAUUCUCUGCCUCCCGAGUCCCAGCUGAUCAGGAGGAAAUGGGGAUUUUGCAGUAACCCCUGCCAUGCCCACCAAGCCAUGCCCACCAAGCCACGACCACAGAACCGGUAGUAAAAAAUCUGAAUCCCACCACUGAAUGAGAUACAGUGGGUCACUUUUAUCACUAUUAUUGCUACAUCAAAAGUGAAAAAGUGGGAAGGAAUUGUAGCAAAACCAGAACUUCAAUUGCAUGACUGAGGCAACAUCUUGAUUUUUGCACUGCCCCCACACAGCCCUCAACCUCAGAAAGAAGUCAGUCUCUGAUGAACAUCUUUGCUUUACUAAAUGGGCAUGAUAAGUUAUUUCAUUCCUAUGCAGUCCAGUUACUGAACAUCUACUGAGGAAAAAAAGCAUGACCAAUUAUGAUUUGGCGCCUGUAAAAAAAUAAAUCAAGAAAGCUUGAAAAAUAGGGUCUGACAAUGAUAGGAGUCUGGGCAGAGAAUGUCACAGAAUGGGUGCUUCAAUAAGGAUAUUGCACAGGUAGUUCUCGACUUACAACAGAGCCGGGGUGGCACAGUGGUUAGAAUGUAGUACUGCAGGCUACUUCUGGUGAUCACCAGCUGCCAGCAGUUUGGCAGUUCGGGACUCACCGGCUCAAGGUUGACUCAGUCUUCCAUCCUUCCGAGGUCGGUAAAAUGAGGACCCAGAAUGUUGGGGGCAAUAGGAUGACUCUGUAAACUGCUUAGAGAGAGCUGGAAAGCAUUGUGAAAUGGUAUAUAAGUUGUGCUGUUUCAGAUAGUGAGUUAAAGUGAAUUAGUUACCUUAAGAAUUAAGAGCUGUCUCCUUAAGAGAUUGCAUGGUGGGAGAUGUAGAGAGAGAUUGCAUUAUGGGAGAUGUAGUCCAUGACUACUGUGUGGCUGAUUGGCCACUGAGGCUCUCUGCCUGGGUGCAGAACAAAGACCCGGCUAUUUUGAACUACCACAGAAGAGAGAAGCAUGCUUUCUGAACAGGGGGAUAGAACUACUGUCAUUUUACACUAGGAAAUGGGACAGAUUAUGAAAUAAGGAUGAAUCUCACCAUGACUUACCAUGACUCAUCACGAUUCCAUUGUUUCUCUGAGACAGACACCAAACCCAUAAGAAGAACAGCAAACACAACUAACAAAUGGGGCUUAUAAAUUCUACACAACUGAAAAUCAAAGAAGCCCAGAUUAUAAUGUUUGGACUAGAUUCAUCUGGGAAAUCCACGCUUCUAUACAAGCUAAAAUGUAAUGAAGUCUUCCUAACAGAGCCAACAAUUGGUUUUAAUGUGGAGAUGAUUAAAACAUCAAAAGAUAUGACCUUAACAAUAUGGGAUGUUGGAGGUCAGCAGAAAAUGAGGACUGCUUGGGACAACUAUUUGGAAGACAUGGAUUGCUUGGUCUACGUUGUUGAUAGCUCUAACAAGCGGCACUUGGAAGAAUCAAAGAAAGAGCUGGAGCUUAUUUUAAAACAUGACAAUAUUAAAAACGUACCUGUGGUUGUACUAGCAAACAAGCAGGAUCUUCCUGGAGCUCUGAGUGCUGAAGAAAUAACUCAGAGACUCAACAUGAAGAAGCACUGCCAAAACCGAAACUGGUAUGUACAGCCUUGUUGUGCACUUACGGGACAAGGACUCUCAGAAGCAUUCCAAAAAGUGACAAAAUUUGCAAAAUCUUGCAUAAAAUCUAAACAAGAGGGCUUUGCAAUUUUCAAACAACUUUAAACUAUCAUUUCAUAAUCUGGAUCAUUAAUUCAUUGCUGGGGUAGAACAUUAGCCUGUUCAUUAACCGUCAGAUUCUGUAAUAUGUUUUCCUAUUUUUUCAUGAAAGUGAAACAUUUGUGAUAGAGUUCGGGCCAAUUGCUCAUGUCUGUUGGCCUUCAAAAAUAUUCUGUUGCUGUACAGAAAGAAAUAUAAUUAAAUCUGAAGCAUGAAACUGCAAAAAGAAUAAAGUCAGCCACAGUAUAAAUGAU